GUAGCGGUGACGACUGUGGCGGAGAAGGCCCGGAGGAGCUGAGCGUUCUGGAGUGGUGCUUCUAAGGCCGGUGGCAAGUUGCGGACUACUGGGCGUCGAGCUGAGGAGAACCAGUGGCUGUGUUCGGCAUUUUCCCUGUCGAGAUCUCCCGCAACGAUGAGUGCUGCCAGAGAAUCUCACCCGCACGGGGUGAAGCGUUCAGCCUCCCCAGACGACGAUCUUGGAUCUAGCAAUUGGGAGGCAGCAGACCUGGGUAAUGAAGAAAGAAAACAAAAGUUCUUGAGACUUAUGGGUGCAGGAAAGAAAGAACACACUGGUCGUCUUGUUAUAGGUGAUCACAAAUCAACAUCUCACUUCCGAACAGGGGAAGAAGACAAGAAAAUUAAUGAAGAACUGGAGUCUCAAUAUCAGCAAAGUAUGGACAGUAAAUUAUCAGGAAGAUACCGACGACAUUGUGGUCUUGGCUUCAGUGAGGUAGAAGAUCAUGAUGGAGAAGCUGAUGUGGCUGGAGAUGACGAUGACGACGAUGAUUCGCCUGACCCUGAAAGUCCUGAUGACUCUGAGAGUGAUUCAGAGUCAGAGAAAGAAGAAUCUGCUGAAGAACUUCAAGCUGCUGAACACCCCAAUGAAGCGGAAGAUCCGAAAAACAAAAAAGAUGCAAAAAGCAAUUACAAAAUGAUGUUUGUUAAAUCAAGUGGUUCAUAACUCCAAAAUACUUAAGUCUUUGUAUUAAAAGUAAGCCUUAUUGUUAUAAUGCACAGUGGAGGACUGCUUAUAGAGCACAGACCUUUGUAUUAUAAUUUUUAAAAAGGCCCUUUUAAAUAAUUACAAAGAGUGUUUGCUUUCAAAUGUCAUGGGUUACACUUUUAUGGGCAUGACUAUAACCAUUUUUGUAAAGGGUAAGAGUUGUAUAAAGUUAAAUAAAUACAGUACUCAACUUCUUUUCAUAUUAGCAUCAUCAACCCUCUAACCUCACCUUUUUACCCCUUCAGAUGCAGUAUUGGGUACUGGGGAGAUACUUUUGUUUGUGGUAGCUAUUUCAUCUUUCGUUUGUUAGUUCAUUUUUUUCUCAUAAAUAUUUGAUACUGUGAUAUGUUUAUGAAAAAUACUCCCUUAAUUACACUUUGUUAAAGUAGAACUGUUCCUUAUGAAUAUUUCUGCUGCUGAUCACAGUCUAUAAAUUAUUAUUGGCAAAAUAUUACAUACUUAGUUUACUUUUACUGAGUCAGCUCUUCUCUUUUGGACCAAAGCAACAUGGGAGCACGAACAUUAACACCUGUUAGGACGGAAUUACAACUGUCAUUAAUGUUAUGAAAAAUCUUUAUAUGGUUUGGUUUACACUGUUAGAUUUUUUUUUUUUAUAAAAUUUGACCCAUUUUUACAGAAAUUACUUCUGUGAUCAUUUAGUCCUAUCAAAAUAUGUAAAACUGGAUUUUUUUUAACGUAAUAUGUGACCAGAGUUCCUUUUUUUCUUCUUACAAGGUCUAAAUAAAGAGAAAGCAGUUUCCCAUAUUUGGUUGUGAUAACUUUAUCCUCAUUAUCUAAAAAUGAGGAACAGGCUUAUUUAAUAAGAAACUGAAAAAGAAUAUUUAAUACCAGUGUUACUAUUUUAAGUAAUUACUAAAAAGUAUUACUUGGUAACUUUAUUGCUGCUUCUGUUGGAGUAAGAUUAGAAUCUUACUGUUGUGUGGAUAAUUUGUUCAGUAGAAUAAUACAAAUGGAUUUUGGGUUUAGUCAAGGAAUCUGAACAAUUGGUUUCAAAAUCUUAAUGUAAGUCAAACCUGUUUGUGAGCUGAAUUACUAUGCAGUAUAUAUUUGAUGAGUGAACUUUUAAAAGCCUGUAUAUUGAAAUUUAGAGUUAGAGGAGUACAAGAACUAGGACAAUUGAUUUCUGUUUAUAGACUAUAUUUUGGAGUAUUUUUACAUAUGUCAGACUCCUCUUGGGUCUUUUUGUUUUCAUUUCUUACAUUGUUUUAAAGUAGGUGCUGUCCUAUCUAUAUAUUAAAACAUCAAAUCUGGAUGGUAGACGAUUAUAAUGUACCAUUUAACAUAUACUUGGUUCAAGGAAGUUUGGCUAUAUUCAGUUAAAGCAUUUUAUUUAACCACUGAUUUUCAAAUAACUUGCUUGUGGGAUUGCACAUGAGAAUUCAUUUAAGUAGAAAAAGACUGAUUUAUGUUUUAAAUUGAAAGAGGGACAAGUAUUAAGUUUUUUUUAAGUAUUUUCAUCAAUUCAUUAGUUCUGAUACAUAAAUAGAAGUACCUUCCAAAUACCUGUACCCUAGGAUAUUUCUUCCUCUUCUAACAGAAAAAAAAUUAAUUUCAGUUCAAGUAUUGGACAAAUAACAAAAUUCAGAGUUGGAAUAAAUGUCUGUUGGUCCAUGUGGCUUGGUAUGCCAACACCACACUAAACAUCAUGGCUGUCUUAAGUGAACAUUAGGGAUUUUUCCUAGCACACGUUCAAUGUAUACACACACACACACACACACACACUCUCUCAUUCUCACUCUCUCGCUCUCUCUAAGCUUCCCAUUAUUCUUAGGAUGGCAAAUGUAUAUCGCUGCAUACCUCAGCAGUCUCAGACAUUUUUGCCCAGACAUUUUUUGCCCAGGCUAUACUAAAGCCACAAUUGUCUCAAACAUCCACAUUGUGCCACUGUUGCUAGGUUUAAAUUAAGGAGUUUUUUUAAACAGCCACCAUAGCAGUAAAGUUCCUUCCAUUCUUGGCCUCCCAAGUAGCAGCUAGGAUUACAGGCUUGAGCCACAGGCACAUGGCUACAGUGACACAGGCUAUAUAGUUCCUUACUUAGUUUCUGAUUUACAACUACAUUCCAUGUGCUUUGAAAAGUCCAAAGACAUCUUUGCUCUACAGUCAUUUAGUUUAAACUCAAUUCUGAUGAGACUGACAGUACAAUUCCAUUCAAGACAUGUCAGUCUUGUUUGCACCCUAUUAACAUAGCCCUCUAGGUAUUUGUUACUAAUCAAAUCCUCAAUGCCAUACCUUCCAGGUAAAUUUCAUUCCUAGGAAUAUCACCCUUUACUAUGUCUGGAGAAAUAUUAACAAAUGUAAAAUUAAGUAAAAGGUGAUAACUGCUCUAUCAUCUCCACUGAACUCUUCCCUCAUUUGUUCCUUUCAGUACUAGAGCUGUCUGUGUCUUUGCUUAGCAUUUUUGUUCAAGGCAAGCCACCCUUCUGGCUUUUGCUUGUUAAGUGGAGUCUUGGAUUGCUCAGCCCAGGCUGAACCAUAAGUCUAAGACUCCUUUGAGGCUAGAAUUACAAGCAUGAGCCCAUGGCAUUCAGCCUCUUCUCCCAUUCCUUAAACAGCUUAAAACAUAUCCCGAUACUCACCACCCUCUUUUACUUUCACACUUAAAAUCUUUGCCAUCUAUCUUAUAUAAAACAGACCCCCAAAUACCUUGAACUUCCACAAACAGGUAAGAGCUAUAGGUCACAUCCCAGUUCUCCAAUCUUGAUGAUAAACUAUGACAAGGAGCAUUGACCUCUGGAUGGUCUUUUAUCAGCAAAAUGUAACCACCUUAUAUAGUUGUCCUGAGAAUUAUAUAACAUGGGUAAAAAAGCAGCAUGCAGAUAAUAAGCAGUUAAUAAAUGUAACAAUCUGUACCUGA